UGAAAGUGAUACGUACCUGACUCCAAAACCACUUGAGGAAAUUGCUUCCAUGACCUUGCUUCAAAGGGGAGAGAGGGCCCAUUUAAAAGAGAAUGGGGUCAGAAUCAACACACGCUUCGUGUGAUUUAAGGAAAGGAAAUAUUUUCUCCUUGAACUUAUCUGGAUACAGUCAUUUUGUCUCCUUUUGGGGACUACCUGUUCAGCCUCAAUGGCAUUUCAGGACCUCCUGGAUCAAGUUAGGGAUCUGAGGAGAUUUCAGAUCCUUCAGAUGGUUUUCCUUAUAAUGUUCAGCAUCAUAGUAUACCAUCACACUCGGCUGGAGAACUUCACUACGUUCACACCUGAUCAUCGCUGCUGGGUUCAUAUACUGGACAAUGACACUGUUCCUGACAACAACUCUGGGACCCUCAGCCAGGAUGCCCUCCUGAGAAUCUCUAUCCCAUUUGACUCAAAUCUGAGGCCAGAGAAGUGUCGUCGCUUUGUCCGUCCCCAGUGGCAGUUCCUUCAUCUGAAUGGGACCUUCCCCAACACAAGUGAGCCAGACACAGAGCCCUGUGUAGAUGGCUGCGUAUAUGACCAAACCUCCUUCCCUUCCACCAUUGUGACUAAGUGGGAUCUGGUAUGUGAAUCUCAAUCACUGAAUUCAGUAGCUAAAUUCCUAUUCAUGGCUGGAACGAUGGUGGGAGGCAGCCUAUAUGGCCAUUUGUCAGAUAGGUGGCUGGCAGAGUCUGCUCGGUGGCUCAUUAUUAACAACAAACCGGAGCAAGGCUUAAAGGAGCUUAGAAAAACUGCACACGGGAAUGGAAUCAAGAAUGCUGAAGACAUCCUAACCAUGGAGGUUUUGAGAUCCACCAUGAAGCAAGAACUAGAGGAAGCACAGAAAAAAUAUUCUCUUGGUGAAUUGUUCCACAUGCCCAAUAUAUGUAAAAGAAUCUGUAUCCUGUCCUUUUGGAGGUAAGUUUCAUGCAGUGUGUGAGGAAUGUUAGAGGAGCUAUAAAUCCAUUUCUUAUUUUAAGUGGUAAAACAUGUUGAAGGGAAAGAUUUUGGGGAUAAAAUAUGAUAAAUCCAUAAAGAAAACUGCUAUUUUUAAAGGUGGAAAAAGGGUUGUGAAAAGAUUGACACAAAAUUAAUUGUACAAUGAUUUCUGUUUAUAACAUCAUUCUACAAAGCUGAUCACUAGAGACUUAUGCUGAGAACUUCAAUUACGGUAUAGGUUUGGGCUCAAAGUUUCUUCAUUUGUUUUCAUUUUAAUUUAUGUAAAUUGUAAACAGCAAAUUAUAAGAAUGUAUACAGAUCAAUGAAUAUUUCCAUUUAUUAAUAUCUAACCACCACUCAGAUCAAAGUACAGAAAAAACUCUAAAACACUAGGAGAUGAUCACAUGUUUAGCAGAAUGACAUAACAGAAAAUUCUACCCCUUAAUCCCACACAGAAACACUGAUUUACCAAUGACUGGACAAAAAUACUUCCAUGGGAAUUCCAAAAUUGAGGUAAGACAUUGUAAUGCCCAGUUGAGCAUGAAACCAAAAACAGGCAUUGAAAUGGGCAAGAAGAGUAAUGUCAGUUAAUACAUGACAGACCCUUCCUAAAGUUGUUACAGCUCAUGCCAAGAGAAGACACCCUGGUCUAUGACUUUUCCCUCAGAGGGAAGGAGAGAGUAGAGCAUUCAUCCACACCUUGGCCUUUGGACACACUGUGUGAAGAACAGGUGUCUGUCUCCCCUCACCCAGAGCACUGAUGGAACUGGCAUAUUUGGAUGCCUGGGGUCACUGAAGACAAAGUGAGUACAAAAGCUGUGACUUACACAGCUCAGUGUAAUGAAAAGAAGAUACACAACUUGAGAUUUCUCCCUCUGGAGGAAGAGGAGUUCAGUAUGUGUCUGAUACACUGAUCUUCCAGGGAGAUGCCCAAGAAAUUAGUUUCUUUCUUUCCCAACCAUUAUGCAAGUAGGACCCCACACACUCUACAUGUCUCAGAACUACUGAGAACAAAGAAUAUCUGGAUGUCAAGAUGAUGCAUCAGAGGACUCAUGGUAUGGCAGAGACAAAGCAAGAGAUUACCCGUUCCUGAAAAUCAGAAACCAGGAAAUCCAACUAAUUAGGAAUCU